GACCCUUACUUUCUCACGUUUCCUCUGAUAAUUUCUGCUGCUCUGGGUUCGGGCUUUUACUUCUUACCGACAAAUGAAAACAAUGACAUCGAGGAGCAAUUCACACCCAUUCAUGGACCAGCAAAAUCUGAGAGAGAAUUUAUUAAAAAACAUUUUCCAACCACUGAUUCAGAAACCUUCUCCGGUCAGAGGCUUUACACAGAGGGGACGUUUGCUUCUUUCAUUGCUGUAUCGAAAGAUGACAAUAUCUUGACAACGGCUGCAUUUAAAGAGAUUCUAUCACUUGAUGACGAUGUAAAGCAGCUCAGCAUUAACAAUAGUCAAGGUAUCACAUACAGCUAUUCUCUUUGUACACGGAUGGCAGACUCGUGUUUUGGAAAUGGAAUUUUAAAUAUUAUAAAUCACAGUCUAGAAGCCAACAGGAGGAUCAGAGCUUUUUUUGGUUUGGCUGUUGGAGGUGUCGACCUAGAUGAAAAUUAUAUUAAAAAAGCAAAGGCAAUUAAACUAGAUUAUUAUUUGCAAGACGAUAACGAUGACGUGAAACCCUCAGCUUUCCAAUUCUCUGGCCUCCCACUAAACUUCAUCACGUUGUCAAUCAUAAAAAAACUUUCCAUUGGAUUGAAAAGCAGCAAAUAUAACUACUUAAUUCAAGAAGAGAAAGAGAUAGAGAAAAGGAAACUGUACACUAAUUCACCUUCUCUCAUUUCUCUAGGUAUUGGCGUAGAUGAUAUGUUUGUUAUGCUUGCUAGCUGGCAAAAGACCAAGGUCACAGAUAAAGUUGAAGAUCGCCUUGCGGACACAUAUGCUGAAGCAGCUGUCUCUGUUACAAUCACCACUCUGACUUAUGCUUUGACCUUUUAUAUUGGCAUUAUGACACCUUUUCAAUCUGUGCAGUCAUUCUGUGUUUACACUGGCACAACAGUUCUGUUUUGCUUCAUUUAUAACAUCACAUUUUUUGGAGCUGUUCUUGCACUAAAUGGGAGGAGAGAAGCCAGUAACAGGCAUUGGCUGACGUUUAGAAAAGUUGAAAGCGAUCAUGAAUCAGAAGAAUCUAAAUGCUAUGCAAUGUGUUGUGUAGGGGGAGCUUACGAUAGUGAGACUGGUACAGAAAUAGAACAUCCAAUUUAUUUCUUUUUUAAGGAAUAUUACGGUCCAUGCCUUACAAACAUUUGGGCCAAGGCAAUUGUGGUUGUCCUAUACAUUGGUUAUUUGUCCAUCAGUAUUUAUGGCUGUUUAAAUAUCAAAGAGGGAAUUGAUCUGAGAAAUCUUGCCUUUGAUGGUACAUAUGUGAUUAAAUUCUAUGAUGAUCAAAGUGCUUAUUUCUCAAAACAUGGACCACGUGUUAUGGUUGCUGUCACUGAACCCGUGGAAUACUGGGAUUCCACUGCUCAGGAUGAAACUGAAACCUGCAUGGGCAGAUUGGAAAACAGCUCGUAUGUCGAUCCUGAUUUGUCAGAGUCUUGGCUUCGAGUGUACAUUGAUCUAUCUAAAAAGAUGUCAACAGACAUACAUGAGAAAAAUGCAUUCAUGGGAAAUUUAUCUACAUUGUUUCAAAUUGUUCCUUUAUUUAAACAAGACACUGGGUUUUCAGAAAUUUUAGUGGGUGUUGCUGGUUUUAUGGCUUUUUGGAGUGUCAAUUUAGAUUCUAUAUCAAUGAUUAAUCUGGUCAUUUGUAUUGGUUUUUCUGUGGACCUCUCAGCUCAUAUUUCGUAUGCAUUUGUGUCCAGUGACAGCGAAAGUGCAAAUGAGCGAAGUGUUGAUGCAUUAUAUAGCCUUGGAUAUCCCAUCAUCCAGGGAGCCCUUUCAACCAUACUGGGUGUGGUUGUAUUGGCUGCUGCAGCAAGUUACAUAUUUAGGACAUUUUUUAAACUCAUGUUUCUUGUCAUAACCUUUGGGGCUGUUCAUGGUCUUAUAUUUCUGCCUAUGUUUUUGGCAUUUAGUGCAAGCUGUGAAACGUCAAACAGCGCAAAAUUAGAUAACUAA